AGAUGGAGGCGCACAAGACGAAUGAUGCUGAAAAAGAACUCAUCAACGCAAUAAAUAAAGUCAAUAUCGAUGAAGUAAGACGGCUUUUGAGCUCAUCAGCUGUCAGCGUAAACUGCCAUGAUGAGCAAGGAAUGAGUCCAUUGAUGCAUGCUGCAUACAAAGGCAAUGUUGAAAUAACAGAGAUCCUACUUGCACACGGUGCUGAUGUUAAUUCCAACCAACAUGAACAUCGGUAUUCAGCCCUCAUGUUCAGCUGUGUUGCAGGAGCAUCUGAAGUAACAAGACUYCUAUUAGAAGCUGGUGCAAAUGUUAAUGCAGAGAACAACUUAGGGAAAACAGCAGCGCAGCUUGGAGCCUUUGUCGGACAACAUGAGUGUGUUAGUAUUCUCAACAAUUUUAUUUCCAAGGAUGAUCUACUCUACUAYACAAAACCACAAGGGUUUGAAAAAGAAGGAAAACUUCARGCAAAACUUGUACCAUCACUUUAUAAAU